UUCGUUUUCGGCUCUCUCCUCUUGUCUAGUCGUCGCUCGGUCAGCCGUACGUGAGAGUUUUUUGGGAUCUGCCCGCAACUACGACGAGAUGGCACUAACCGUGAGAAGUAUUGUACCAGCAGCAGCGCUUUCCUCAGGCAGAUCUUUCCAUCACCCUCCGUUGUUGGUUUCGCCGCUGCGAGCGGUUUUUUGAGAGGGCAUCAGGGCAUCGGCCACGAUCGGUCUGCGGUGCGUUUCUCCGUUCGUCCCGAGCAUCAGAAGAUUCGGAGACACUGAAGCUUCCGAUACGACAACCUCGUUGUCUGUAUUGCGCUGCACAGCGGACGCGAUCAGUGACGAACUGCACACGGAUUUAGAGCCACUCCUUGGAGAGGCGCUGCGUCUGCCUGUUUACCUGUUAAAAAGCAGAGAAGCAUAAAAACAGCAUAAGCGUAAAUCUCUAUACAAAUAUAAAGAGACAACGAGCAAAGGGGUAUCCACCAGAACGACCAAUUAGACGCUUGAGGUGAUGGUCGUAGUGCGUUUUGAAAGCGAACACUUACAAUAUCUCAAGAAAGAAAAGUAUCCAUUUGUGUGUCGUGAGCUCUAAUUGUUGCUGCUACUACUACUGCCCAGCAGAAGAUAGAUAGAAAAGAUCAGUCCUGCGAAGUAUUGAGGAAUCCUUUAACAGCAUGGGACGUACUUUUUGACCCCUUGUUUGAGCGGUUCAAGUCGAAGUAUUAGCGGACCUAAUCGUGAAAGGAGACUGCCGUCCUGAAGAGCAGAGAAGCGGCCAGUGAACCCAAGUGUAUCAGUGCAAUACAUUCGUGAAUAGUUGAGUAUAUUGUUAAUGUCUUCAGAUGCCUAAUUAACAGGCAUAUCGUUUCGUGAGGGUGGUGUUAAAAGCUCGUCCCCUCAUCGAGUGUGGAACGGAAUGUUUUUGUGCCCAGGGGUGCGCUACAACCGUUAACUGACGUACAAAUUUUGUGCACGUUCUUAUACUAUGAAUGAAUUCAUCUUGCUGCUCCUCCUUGGAGCACCGGCAGCUCUAGAGGCCCAACAGAUUCAAGUCAACCCACAGCUGUUACAAUGGGCACUUAACAGAGCUUUUCACAGCCAGCAGUUGUUGUUCAAUACGACAGAACCGGAAAUCUUUCGGCAAGGCGUCACCAGUACACCCCGAGAACCGUUCUGGUUCCUAGGCGCGAUUGAAAAAACCAAGGUAGCUUCUAAAAAUCUCUCAGCACUCGCGUCAAUUACUGAAGCAACAACUAGAGACAUCGCUCAAAAUCUCAACCUUUCACCUAGAGACGUUACCUUCGGACUUACCAAGGUGAAUACAAAACGGACGUUUCUGGAUCAGAACUGCCCCUAUCGUGUGGGAGUUAGGUCGUGUGCCCCUGAACGUUACCGCUCGUAUGACGGCUUCUGUAAUAACAUUGAAAAUCCCUACUGGGGUUCCGCUAAUCUCCGUUACCUGCGAUUUCUUCCACCUGCCUAUGCCGACGGUGUAUCGGCUCCUCGCACAGGACUUUCCGGCGCAGCACUUCUUUCUGCACGCGAGAUUUCUGCCAGAGUAUUCCAGGAUCGGGACAUCCCUCACGAGCAUGCGUCAAUGGUCGCCGUAGCCUUUGGACACUUUGUCUUCCAUGAUAUCUCGCACACUCCACAAACAGCAGGCUUCCAGGGUGCUCGUCUUAAAUGUUGCAAUGUGCCUCCCAACCUCAAGCAUCCGGAGUGUUAUGAGAUCAGCGUGUCGCCAAAUGACUCCUUCUAUGCAGCGUUCAGACAAAAUUGCCUUGACUAUGUACGGUCAUCAACUGCGCCCCGAGAAACUUGCGGUUUAGGCCCUCGUGAGCAGAACAAUCAGGUCACAUCUUUCGUGGAUGGUUCAACGAUCUACGGCUCAUCAGAAGCAGAAGCUCGAUUCUUACGAUCAUUCGAAGAUGGCCUUUUGCUUACGCAACGAAAUGAUGCUGGGGAAGAGAUUCCUGUUGGAGAUGCUUCAUCCUUGGACUGCCGUGGCUCAAAAACUGCUCCAUGUUUCAGCUCAGGAGAUCCGCGAAUGAAUCAAAAUAUCGGUUUGGCUUGGAUGACCACUAUGUGGAUCCGUGAGCAUAAUCGUUUAGCUCGAGAACUUAAGGGGCUAAACCCUUUGUGGGACGACGAACAAUUGUACCAGGAAGCACGUCGUAUUGUUGGAGCAGAAAUUCAACACAUUGCCUAUAAUGAGCUACUUCCUACUCUUGUGGGUCCUGAAGUUGUUGAGAGAUUCGGCCUCCGCAUGGAUAGCAAUGGUUUUUUUACCGGCUAUGAUCACAAGCGUCUACCAGGAGUUACAAAUGUAAUGGGCUCCACUGGGCUAUGGGCCCUCUUAUCCGCUCUGCCAGGCAAUAGUGAACUUUUUGACGCUCAACGCUUCCGCAAACUUGGAUCCAUUCCCUCCACUGAAACUGCUUUCCAUCCCCAGGAUCUCUAUAAUUCCAAUCGCUUCCGUCAGUAUGUUGCCGGAGCACUUAUGCAACGUGCACAGCGCAUCGAUGCAUCCUUCAGUAAACAUAUUACUCAAGACAUGUUUGCUUCGGAUAGCAAUCAACCUGGUCUUGAUCUAGCCUCUAUUGCCAUUCAGCAAGGAAGAGAUCACGGUCUGGCCGGAUAUACAAAAUGGAGACAAUUCUGCGGUUUACGCGAUAUCGACAAUUUCGAUGGUCUCGCUCAAGUUAUGGACCAAGACACCGCUCAGCAGCUGUCGGAGCUAUACGAAAGUGUUAGUGAUAUCGAUCUCCUUGUAGCUGCUCUCGCUGAAACUCCCGUAGAGGGAGGUCUUGUUGGCCCUACGCUAGCCUGUAUUUAUGCUCAUCAGUUCCGUCAUCUUCGUAUCUCGGAUCGUUUCUGGUAUGAGAACCCAGGUCAGCCUAGUUCCUUCACUAAGAACCAACUGCAAGAGAUUAGGCACACAUCUUUGGCUAGGGUUAUCUGUGAUAACGUGUUCCACACUGGAGUAAUUCAACCUCGUGUUAUGCAGUUGCCUGACCCAUGGCUAAAUAACCUGCAAUCAUGCGACGAUAGACUUCUUAGCUCCGUUAACCUUGAACCUUGGGCGCAGGAAAGUCCUCUUAAGGUAUUGACCAAUGGUCUAAUGAUUGAUGUGCUAAACGACGCUAGCAACGCUCUUCGAGGUAAUCUUCUUGGCGACGGAGAAUUUGGAUCGGGUCGGAACAAAGGCUUCAUGCGAGCUAACGUGAUUUCGCGCAACGUGCACAAUCAGAGUGAGGUGCUCGAAUUGGCUACGAAAAAGCUAAUGAAUGAACUUGGACGUGACAAGAGGCGAACUAUCGAUGACAACUUCAUCCCAGCCCUGCGGCAUGUGGACCUUUCAAAGUUCCAUCGCGAAUUCGAAGAACCCGCCGCUUGUGAACCCACACGUCUCCAGCCUUGCAAUCCACGUACGCCAUUCCGAACUAUGUCUGGCCGAUGUAACAAUCUACGAAGCCCUAAUUUCGGAAAGGUGUCUCAUUCGUUCCGCCGCAUACUGCCCUCUCGAUACGACGACAACAUCAGCUCGGCUCGUCAGACCUCGGUAACAGGUGCUCCGCUUCCCCCAGCACGAGUGGUCUCCGCGGCUGUACACAGCGAUCUAUCCGUGCCUCACCAGAAGUACACCCAAAUGCUUAUGCAGAUGGGACAAUUUAUGGACCACGAUGUUGCCCACACCCCCCUAAGCGAAGGACCUAACGAGUCUACACUGAAGUGCCGCAAAUGCGAUUCUCCGCAAAAGGAGAAUCAACAAGAAUGUUUCCCGAUACCGAUUCCCCACGGGGAUCCUUUUUUCCCAUCUGUAUCAGUCAAAUCCGGACGUCCCUUGUGUCUUCCCUUUACGCGUUCGAUGAGCGGACAGCGAACUUUGGGCUCGAGAGAACAGAUCAACCAGGUUACUGGGUUCCUUGAUCUUUCGACUGUUUAUGGCUCGGACAACUGUGCUCGUGAAGAACUGCGUCUUCUGCACAGCGGUCAACUGAAUAUGUCUGCCCAUCCUGCGGAUCAAUCGCUAAAGCCUCUUCUCCCAGAGAUUCAGGGUGCAGCUGAUUGUCUGUCAUCAAAUGAUCGUUGCUUUAUUGCUGGUGACACUCGAGUUUCGGAGCAACCUGCACUGACCUCAAUGCACACUCUAUUCGCUCGAGAGCACAAUCGUAUCGCUUUAGAGCUCAGCCGACUUAAUCCUCAUUGGGACGAUGAAAGAUCGUUCCAAGAGGCUCGACGCAUUCUAACGGCGAUGUAUCAACGGGUGAUCUACAGCGAAUGGCUACCUCGAGUGCUCGGAUGGGAAGCUGUCAGUCAGUGGGGAUUGAAUCUCCUCGAUUCUGGAUAUUUUGCUGGAUACGAUCCCACGUGCGAUGUCGGUGUCUUCAACGAGUUCGCUACAGCUGCUUUCCGUUUUGGGCAUACCCUUUUGCCCCCAGCCUUCAAGCUUCUUGGCCCGGCUUACAAUGAGAUCGGUCGCAUUAAGCUAACAGACGCUUUCUUCAACUCGCAGAUCCUCUACAAAAGAGACCAACUAGACCAACUGGUUCGUGGACUAAUGGCGACUCCAAUGGAGAACUUCGAUAAUCACGUUACCAAUAUGGUAACAGAGCAUUUGUUUGAGUCGAAGACCAUUCCAUUCUCUGGCCUCGAUCUUGUAGCCAUCAACCUGCAGCGUGGAAGAGAUCACGGGCUGCGUGGAUAUAAUGACUAUCGAGAAUUCUGCGGUAAGCCACGUCUUAGAUCGUUCCAGGAUCUCCAGGGCGAGGUUAGUCCUAACGCUCUCCGAGGACUCUCCAGUGUUUAUCGGCACGUGGAUGACAUUGAUCUAUUUUCUGGAGGUCUGUCCGAGAUCCCCCUGCCUGGCGCUGUUGUAGGACCUACAUUCAGCUGUAUUAUUGGCUUCCAAUUCCAGAGAUUGCGUCGAUGUGACAGAUACUGGCAUGAAAAUGACGAGCAUUCAGUUCGCUUCACGGAAGGCCAGCUUGCCGAACUUCGAAAGACUUCAUUAGCAAAACUUCUCUGCGAGAACAUGGAUACGACUAAGUUUGUGACAAGAUCCGUGCUCGACCUUUACGAUCCGUUCUUGAAUCCUCGAGUGUCCUGCCAAAGUAUACCGGGAACAAAUCUCGCCUUCUGGAGAGAAAAUCCCAACCAGCAGGCGUAACUAGUUCAACACUGCAAUACAAGCGAAUGUUUGAGCCUUAUUUACAUGAAACACCGUGUUUCCAUCAGCUGCUAUUAAUUCACCACAGUUUUCCACUUGGCAAGAAAUACUGGAAAUCUUGCACAGGACGAAAUCGCAUAAAGGCAAAAAGUAACAGAGACAGAAGAAAUCUAACAACAACACACACAUACACAGAUAUUUCAAACGGAUCUUCAGCUAGAUGACCGGCUGGAUCGAACGUUUUGUACGUAGUAACAAAAAAAAAAAACAUUUAUAUAUAUAUAUAUAUAUGUAUGGACAUAAUCGAUAUAGAUUAUGCAGACCCAACGAGUCCGUGUCGUGACAGCACGUUCAUACAGGACACUGUGGAUCAUUGUGGGCAAUGUAGUGUGAAAGGUUAGCAUAAUAUAAUGGGGCAAGCGGAGCUGAUAUCACAUUGCAAAAAGUCUAAGCAAGCUAUAUCAAAAAGAAAAACAAGGUAACAAAAAAGCGUCAGCCGACUGGAUUCGCUGGCUUGAAUUUUUUUUAGUCAUUGUGGAUGCGACCACUUGCAGGAUCAGCGCGCGAGGGAUUCGACCAUCCAGACAAAUACUUCAGUAUAAAUUUAAAACUGUAUGCAUCAGAUAUUUUCGAUCUUAAAAUGUUGUGUUCAUUAAAAUCAUUUCUCUAAGGCUUUUUCGUCACUUGAAAAGGGUCGUACAGCAGAUUGUCCAUAGAGACGCAUAGUCAGAAUGAUCGUCCAACACCAUCAAGAGCAAUUAGAAGAUUCCAUGCACAGCUGCUGGCGCGCAGAGCGUUGAUUAUAAAGCGGGCAAGCGAUUCCAUCCAUUUCAAGAACAGCUUAUAGUCGACGCCAAGCCUUGUGGGAACUGACCUGGGAGACGAUGAUCGGAUAAGGACAUAUAAAAAAAAAUAGAGGCACAAUGUGUCAAGGUUUAUUAUUUAAAUCUCUACAAAUAUUAUUAUAAUUAUUAAAAUGACCUCGUAAAGUUGCUGUGCAGAACGGCAAAAUUGUCGGUUCCAAUGAACCAACACCUGUACAUAAUCUGAAUAAAUAAUAAAUGCAAUAUGAGAAAUCUGUAAAACGUGAA